AACUAACAUUAAGGGCAGGAACAAGGAGACUGAGAAUGAUAUGGACACUCCCAAUUUUGCAGAGAGCUUUAUAACAUAAUAGUCUCGUAACAACCAUAAUGAUUAAUGAGGCUAAGAAAGAAAGAUCUACCUCAAACACUGAAAGAAAUUAUUUGUUUCUAAUUAUAAAAAACCUUUUGGGGAAAUAUCAGAUUAGAUUACUAUCAGAAAAAUAGAAAAAUAAGAUCAAUAGAACUAUGUUUUUAAGAAGUAUCUUGGACACCAUCAAAUUUAUUAUUUUGUUAAUCUAUUAUUGUUUUGAGGCCUUCAUUUUGAUGUUCUUUUCUGUUCAAAAGGAUGUUUCUGGACAAAUAGUUCUUGUUACAGGAUCAGCCAAUGGGAUUGGAAGACAGAUCGCAUUGAAUUUUGCACGUCUUUGCACAAUUCUUGUUCUCUGGGACACAGAUGAAGAAAACAACAAAGAAACUGCAGAGCUUGCCCUGGCCAAUGGAGCUCUUGCUGUUUAUACUUACAAGUGUGACUUGUGCAAGAAGGAAGAAAUCUAUGCAGUGGCAGAUCAGGUGAAAAAAGAAGUAGGAGAUGUAAAUAUUCUAAUCAAUAAUGCAGGUAUAUUGAGUGGAAAGGAUUUUAUUGAUCUUCCUGACUCUGAUAUGGAAAAAACACUAGAAGUCAACACUAAGGCACAUUUCUGGACAUGUAAAGCCUUUCUUCCAGCCAUGAUUGCUUGCAACCAGGGACAUUUGGUUACUAUCACAAGUGUGGCAGCACUAUGUGGCUGUUUUAAACUCACAGACUAUUCUGCAAGUAAAUUUGCAGCAUUUGGUUUUAUGGAAUCUAUUGCAUUUGAACUGAGAAAAGCAGGAAAGAAAGGCAUUAAAACUACUAUUGUCUGUCCUGGAUUUGUGGAUACAAAAUUAAUUACUAAUGCAGAAACAGCGAGGCCAAUUCUACUUCCUGUCUUCAACCCAGAAUAUGUGGGCAAGCGGAUUGUGGAUGCCAUUCUGAAAGAUAAAUUUUAUGUAGUCUUGCCAACCUAUGCACGACUCAUUCUUCUUAAAAUAUUUCUUCCUGAAAAAGUGGUUUCCCAUCUUGCAGAAUAUCUUGGAAUUUAAUUUAGAACACUUCAGGCAUUGGGCUAGAAGAAGAAAGAAAUAAAAGACUGGCAAAUGUGCCAAAUGUUCUUAUUCUUAACCAUUAGUGCACUUUCAUACUUAGUGUUCUGCUGUUCCGUGUAUGUUUGGAGCAUCAUAUUUACUAUGCCUAAUGUUAACAUAUAUGUAUGUAUAUAUGGGUAUAUAUAUCUCAGAGAAUCAAUCAAUACAUCUAUUAAAGUUCUUGCUACUAUAUAGU